UUUCACAAAAUCCGAACGUUGAAGCAACAGCAAAAAGGCAGAAAAGUAAUUGCAAUGCAUCGGUUUCCGAAAGAAAAUUGUUAAUAAUAAGAUAAAUGUAAAGCUAAACGUAGCGAGAAAGUAAAAACGUGUCGUGUGUCCAUGUUAGCAAACAAUGCAAAAUCAAAUAUGUUUUCCAUUGCAUACAGAAAUAUAAACAAAUACAAGAAGUAUAAAGUAUGCAGAAAUUUAAAUACCAUAAGUGUUGCGUAUAAAAACUAAAACAAAAGAAGGGGAAUACACACCCAAACCGGGAAUUGAAAUUUAUUUAGUGUGGCCUAGUCUGUUCUUGUCUUAGGAAAAGUUUUCAUUAUUUUUGUUUUGUUUAAGUAAAUGUUGUAGCAUUCAUAACACACAAUACAAAAACGGACCAACAGCCAAAUAUAGCAAAUCCCCAGAAAUCAAAAACCCACAACACCAACAUCUCGUUUUGUAUAGUUAAAUGUAUCUUAACUAAUACACACUCGGAUUAAAACUAAGUUUCUGAAAAACUAGAAAUUCCUGAUGGUCAUAAACCAACUUCUAGCAAGAAAAAUACCUGCAUAAACUAAGGCAGAAGAGCGAGGCAUCCAUGGAAAAACAAUAGCAUCAUAUUUGAUCGAUUAUUUCGGCUUAAUCCCAUCUAUGGGUUACUCUAAAUGCGUGCCCAAGUGGUCACGUUUCUCCAAGUCAGCGUCUUGCAUGUCUAGCCGAAAAGCAAUUUAAAAAUUGAGCCUGUGAAGAAAGUAAAGUUAGAACGAAAAGCCCAACAAAAAAAUUUAAUCGGAGGGGAUUGUGUGUGUGUCUCCAAGGAACACAUGCAAACUCCAACUUGGGCACACCUUUAAAGAAUCAAACACAAAAAAAGAAGCAAAUUAUACUAUUCAACGUCAACGUCCUAAACUGCAGCCUUAAAAAACAAUUAAGAAAAAAAGAGGCUAGACCCCAAUCGCAAAAACUCAAGACAGAGCGCGUAAGCGUUUAUAAAUUUAGUUAGCAUGGAGUGCUGUUUAUCAGAAGAGGCCAAGGAACAAAAGCGCAUUAACCAGGAAAUUGAAAAGCAACUACGACGGGACAAACGGGAUGCGCGCCGGGAACUUAAACUGCUGUUGCUGGGCACUGGCGAGUCUGGAAAAUCAACAUUCAUUAAACAGAUGCGCAUUAUCCACGGCAGUGGCUAUUCCGAUGAUGAUAAACGGGGAUACAUAAAAUUGGUCUUUCAAAAUAUUUUUAUGGCUAUGCAGUCUAUGAUAAAGGCCAUGGACAUGCUUAAAAUAUCCUAUGGAGUAGGCGAACACAGCGAACUAGCCGAUUUGGUAAUGAGCAUUGACUAUGAAACAGUUACCACAUUUGAAGAUCCAUACUUAAACGCUAUUAAAACGCUUUGGGCCGAUGCUGGUAUCCAGGAGUGCUAUGACCGUCGUAGAGAAUAUCAAUUGACAGACUCGGCGAAAUACUAUCUAAGCGAUCUAGAGCGUAUAGAGCAAGCUGAUUAUUUGCCAACAGAGCAGGAUAUUUUGCGUGCCCGUGUGCCAACAACUGGCAUUCUUGAGUACCCAUUCGAUUUGGAUGGCAUUGUGUUUAGGAUGGUCGAUGUCGGAGGACAGAGAUCGGAGAGAAGGAAGUGGAUUCACUGUUUUGAGAAUGUGACCUCAAUUAUAUUUUUGGUAGCGCUAUCUGAAUAUGAUCAAAUCCUAUUUGAAUCUGAUAAUGAGAACCGAAUGGAAGAGUCAAAAGCUUUAUUUAGAACUAUUAUUACUUAUCCUUGGUUCCAAAACUCAUCGGUUAUUCUUUUCCUAAACAAGAAGGAUUUGCUGGAGGAGAAGAUUAUGUAUUCGCAUUUGGUUGACUAUUUUCCUGAAUAUGAUGGACCCAAGCAAGAUCAUGCAGCUGCCAAGCAAUUUGUUUUAAAAAAAUAUUUGGCCUGCAAUCCUGAUCCUGAGAGGCAAUGUUACUCACAUUUUACCACGGCCACAGAUACCGAAAAUAUUAAACUUGUGUUCUGCGCAGUCAAAGACACAAUUAUGCAAAAUGCACUUAAAGAAUUUAAUUUGGGUUAAGAAUGUGUCCACGAUGGAAUGUGUCAACAUUAUGAAGUAUAUUGCAGAACUAACAUAAAAUGAAUUUUAUCCGAUUAG